UCGAGCUCACGAAACAGGGCUCUACCUGGCCGAGCGAGUCAUCGACUCAGUCACAAACAUUCACUUACAUCUUAGCUAUAAACCGCCAUCCCACUUCCCAUAUCGAUUCACAACAAGAUCUUAACACAAACAUCUUCAAAAUUCAUUCCAUUGCAGAAAUCUGUCAUCAAACCAGAUCAAUGAUCCCGCGAAUACCCUAAACUUCAUCUUCUACUACACCCCGCCACUUUCGAGCACAUCAAGACACAGUAACUAUGGCAUCCAAAGGCAAGCAAUUGCCACACGAACGUCGAAAAGGCGAAUCUGUAAAUCUCACUAUCUCCCACAAAUUGUUAAUACUAACAGUCCCCCUAGGCGCUCAGUGAAUUCGCCGAUUAUGUCGAAAAGCAACAAGCUCUCAGAUACCCAAGCGCAGCAUCCACUUCAGUCCCCAGAACAGUUCCCAAUUCCACAACUGCAUUAGAAGACCAUUCCGAGCUAGACAUCCUAGACUCUUUGGACCUCGCAGAUCACUCCCCCCACGUUCGACUGAAAGAAUUACUCCUUAGCCAAGAUGAAGAUAGUUUGACCGCAUUAGUCAACAUUCUGGAGCUGCGGGUUGAAGAAGGACAUGGCGAGACGAUAUUUGAAGUUGGGUUUGAAAAUAAUGGUGAUUCUAUGGCGUUGACCAAGGAAGAGUGGGAGCUCUCGAUGAAGAGGUUAGAUCAGGCUGCAAAGAAAGUUCGGGCAGAUUGUCAGGUCCUACUUACGAGAAAUGUUGGGGGUGAUGCAGAGGCCGAGACGGCUGGUACGGAUAAGGAGAAGGAAUGUAGUGGGAAGAUACUUAUUCGUCAACAUCCUGCGACGGUAGAAGAGGUCAUUGAAACACGAAUAGCGGUAGUAGGAAAUGUGGAUGCGGGAAAGAGUACCAUGCUAGGAGUUCUAGUCAAAGGGGGUCUAGACGAUGGAAGAGGGAAAGCAAGAGUCAACCUGUUUCGUCACAAACACGAAAUAGAAAGUGGACGAACUAGUUCGGUGGGUAUGGAAAUCAUGGGUUUUGACACCAUGGGGAAAGUCAUCGCCUCUGAUGUCCCAGGACGGAAACUCUCCUGGGAAGAAAUUGGGAAGCGCUCUGCGAAAGUGAUAUCCUUCACGGAUCUAGCAGGUCACGAACGGUACCUCCGGACAACCGUCUUUGGUCUUCUAUCAUCCAGUCCAAAUUAUUGUCUUUUGAUGGUAGCAGCGAAUAACGGACUAAUUGGAAUGUCAAAAGAACAUCUUGGCAUCGCAUUAGCUCUCAACGUCCCAGUCAUGGUAGUGAUAACCAAAAUCGACAUCUGUCCCCCUCAGAUCUUGGAACAAACAAUCCAACAAAUAACACGCAUUCUAAAGUCCCCCGGCGCCCGCAAAAUUCCAAUCUUCAUAAAAAACAGAGAGGAAGGUAUUAAUACGGCUACCCAGUUCGUCUCCCAACGCAUCUGCCCAAUCUUCCAAGUCUCCAACGUCACAGGCGAAUCUUUGGAUCUCGUCCGGGCAUUUUUAAAUAUUCUUCCUCACCAUGGACAUUAUGAUGCAGAUGCCCCAUUCGAAUUCCAUGUCAACGACACCUUCUCCGUCCCCUUCGUAGGAACGGUGGUAAGCGGAAUCAUCAAAUCGGGCGUCGUCCACACCGGCGACACCGUCUUGAUCGGUCCAGACUCCCUAGGCCAAUUUACAACCACCACCAUCCGAAGCAUCGAACGAAAACGUAUACCCGUUCCUGCAGCUUCCGCCGGCCAGAGCGCUUCCUUUGCCCUAAAACGGGUCCGUCGAAAAGACGUCAGGAAAGGCAUGGUCGUCCUCCCCAAAUUAGAACUCGCCUCCCCAAAGGUAUAUCGCGAGUUCGUUGCCGAGGUCCUCAUCCUCUCCCAUGCCACGACCAUUAAGACGAAAUACCAGGCUAUGCUCCAUGUGGGACCGGUAAGUCAGACUUGUGCGAUUAUUGGCAUUGAUCGAUCGUAUAUAAGAACGGGUGAUCGCGCGACGGUCGCGUUUCGCUUUGUCCAGAGGCCGGAGUACCUUGCUCCGGGUGAUCGGUUGCUCUUUAGAGAGGGAAGGACUAAAGGGUUGGGGAUCGUGAAGAGUGUGGGAUAUGAUCAUAGUAAGCCUUUGGGUGGUGGUGAGGGAGGGGACAAUGGCGAGGAGGCCGGAGAAGAGGGGAAGGAUGGUGAGAAGAUUGAGAAGGGCGAGGAGAACGCAACGGAGGGUGGGAAAGGCAAGGGGAAGGGGAAGGAGGGUGCGUGAGUGCUGGGUUGCAAUUGGUGUAUGUGAUGGAGAGGAUGGUGUUUAUAAGUGAGGAAUACGAGGUGGCUUGGUUUUGCCUCUUCGAUAUGGGUUUGUGGUUGUUUGCAUUCUGGGUUAGCGAGCGGGAGCUGGAGCUGGUGUUUGUGGGCUCUUCAUUCUCUCUUUUCCCUUUUCCUUUCCUUCUUUGUGUCUUUCUUUCUUCUGUUCCUCGGGUUUAAAUUAGGAUCGGGAUUAUGGGCUAUGAACGGGGUAUGGUAGUUAGGCGGUUAGGUGUAGUUCAAAUAUAUAUCUUAUCUCAUUCCCC